ACAUGACAACACUAAACAAACCACAGUGCUUGAGCCGAAAGAAAAUGUUGUGCGAUUCAUAUGCCUUGCAGUUUGUUUAAAUUACCGUAGAUAUGUAUUUAUAUAAAAUAAUGUUGUUGUUUAAUACAUAAUUCUUUCACAAUCACUGACUAGAUUAAUAUCAAUUUGUUUUUAUUAGAUAAGUAACAAAAUGUCCACUUUAAAAAUGUCUUCUGCCAUGACGGUAACAACAACUAUAAAGCCAGUGGGCCUAGAGCCAACAGUACACAUGAAACUCCAGCCUCCGUCAAAACCAUCUCCAUCACAGAAUACGGUCAGGCUACGAAAACUACGGUUAGAUCCUUCAAGAGCAUUGGAACCAACCCGGAAGAAAUUAACUACAAUUGAAUCUCAGAGAGUGAUGUCUGUAUUUGAAGAAACCAUUAAACGUGUUGAAAUAGUCACCUUGCUGCCGUACAUAUUGGAGAACAUUGAUCGUUUUAAGAUUGUCCUUGGAAUUGAAUUAGUGGAGAUGCUGUUACAGCACAUUGCUUUUCAGGAUAGCUACCAAGAUAUUCGGUCAGAGCUGGACAAACAACUUCAGAAGAGAUUAAAGAGUGGUAAAAGCUCAUCAGUGGUAAAAGGCAGUCAGUUUGACGAUGCUGAUGAUGAUCAACAAGAGGAAGCUGAUACUAGCAGAAAGACCAGUGCUUCUAGUACACAUUCCCUUCAGAGUUUAGAUGGUCAGGCUGAACAUUUGAUGAGACAACUCACUCUGAUUGCUCAGAAGUUGAGCCACUCAUGUAAAAAUAUCUUAAGAGUCUUCAGUCUAAAUCCUGCUGCCAUGAAUGCCAUAACUGCAGAGUGUGAACAUCGAAAAGAAGAUUGUAAGGAGCUUGUAGGUUAUUUAUUAGAGUUAAAAGAAAUUCUACUGGGGAAAUUGCUAACAACACCUGAAGAGGAAAAUGAGAGAAUGGAGUAUCUAAAGGAAAUUUCAAAGAGAGAAAGAAACAAUGCUGUAAUUAUUGAGAAACUGGAAGGGGAGUUGAAGGCAGCUAUUGAAGAUAAGGAUGAAGAAAUUCGCAAGAAGAAUGACAUAAUCCGACAUCUCAGUGCUGACGUCACACAGAUUAACAAUUAUGCUGAGGAACACAAUUGGAGAAUCAAGCAAGAAGCUGAAAAGCAGGAGGCAGCUGACAUCAAGAAUUGUGAGGGGAAGUGUCAAAAACUCCACCAGGAAAUAACCCACUUACGAACACAGCUUCAUACCCACACUGUGGAGCACCGUGAUAGCGAGCAGGAGCUUCGCAAGAAAAAGUACAAGAUUGAAACUGAAGUUGAGAACUGGAUCCAGAAGUAUGAUCAAGAUAUGGGAGAAAGACAGGAUGAAUAUGAAGAGAUUGAUGCAGUCUAUACUGAGGAGAAGAAGCAGCUACAUGAGCUGGAGGAACGUUUCAAGACACUGGAGGCCGAAUAUCUCCAAAUCAUGGAAGAGAGGCGUGCGGCUCGGGAGAAACGCGAACAGGCAGAACGUGAACUUGCUUUAAUGGUCAAAGCAGCAACCACCAUUCAAGCUUUCUGGCGUUCGUACAAGGUGCGCAAAGCACUCAAGUCAAAGAAAAAGAAAGGGGGUGGAAAAAAGAAAAAGAAGUAAAAUGUACCAGUGACUUUGCUAUUUGUGAAACAGGCUUACAGUGUUUCUGUAACAGGCUUACAGUGGCAGACUUUUGUUUUAUAAACAUAAAAACAAUCAUUUUGCCCAAAAAUUAUGUUUAUUCUGUUAAGAAUUCAUGUAUGAAUUGAUUUUUCACUCACUGGAGAUGUAUUUAUUUAACCUGUAUAUAUCUGGUUUUUUAUUUUACCCUCACCAGUGGUUGACCCAGGCUUCGGAGUGAUCUCCUGUGGAAUUUUCUAGACUUUAAUGGUUUUCUUUCCCAUAUAUUGUCAGAUUAGUCCAUCUUGUAUAAAAAUUAUCCUAUGUUAUAUUAGACAGCAGGCAGUAAAUAUUGCCAAUCUUACUAGGACCGAUAUUAUUAAAUGACUGUCUACACAUUAUAUGUACAUAGACUAGUCUAUUCCACAGUGGUGGUUUUGUGUUGGAAAUAGCUUUGUUGAGAAUUAUAUUUAUGUUAAGAAUUAUAUUUAUGUCAGUUGUCUUUGCUAUUAAUAAGGUUCUCUUUUUAAAAAAGUUAUUGAGCCUGAGAGCCCAUGCAGUUAGUCAGAUAAAGUUAAUAAGACCCAUAUAUUUUAAACAUCUAAAUAAAACAACAUUGUGUGCAAAAUGUCCUUGUCAAUAAAUCAUAUUACUCAUCAGGUAUCAUUUUCAGGUGUGGAGAAUGCUACAUGUACUUGUUAUAGUAAAUGGACGUUGACUAUAAAUGUGUAUUACGAGUAAAUCUUUGUAAAAUAUUGUUUUAUAGAUGUUUAUCAUUACCCGCAUAUGACAGCAAAUUUGGUGAUAGUUCUGUCUAUGUGAGUAUCCACAUUUUAUUUUUCAAUCUGAACUAUUGAACAAGUUGACCACGGAAUUAUACCAUGGUAUACCAGUGAUAAAGAAUGAUCCCAGAACCUCACAACAGCAAUAUAUAAGCUAAGAAAAA